GCGCUGGCGCUAGGCAAGUCGCCUGCCUAACAAGGCUCUGUAAAUUAGAAUUAUAGCAGAAACACCAUCUUAUUUUAUGAUUGGUCGACAACAAUACGACAAAAUAUUCUAUUAAAAACAGAUUUAUGGAGUAAAAGUUCUACAGAAGAAGGAAAAAGACUCCAUCAUCAGUGGCUAUUGGCAGUCGCCCUCCAGGAAUCACAAACAAAAGAUAUUCAUCCCUUCGCCAUCACUCGCCACAUAUCAGCCUUUUACACAUCAUAUCAGAAACUAUCUUUGACAAAGGCUGAAAAUACUGGCCUCUAAUUCAUCCAAUUAACGCAAACAUGGCCUCCUCGGCCGCCAAUGACGACGAGGAUGACGACUACAUGAACAUGACGUUUGAGGACACGGCACCCAUCAAAGAAACCUCACUACAGCGCACCCAGCGUCUCAAGCAAGAGUCGAGGGCGCGAGGAAUUAUCAAAUCAAAAGUACAGCUGGCAGAAGAGGAAAAGAUGGCCCGCGAAAAGGCCCUAUCGACCUCCAUGCUGGACGACCCGCGCGCCAACAAGAGCAAAGGUCUGUCGAUGAUGGCCAAGAUGGGUUUCACAGGAGGAGGACUAGGCAAAAAGGACGACAAGGGCACAUCACAAGGAAGGGUAGAGCCAAUUCGCCUUGCUAUGAAGGAUGAUAGAGGCGGUAUCGGUAUGGACAGCGAGAAGAAGCGGAAGCUUCGAGAGGCUGCUGAGGAGAGGGGCAUCAAAGCAGUCAAGCUGGAUCCAGAUGAAUAUCGGGAACGUGUGAGAAAAGAACGCGAAGACGAAAGACUAGAGAAGCAGUUUCAUGCAGCGCAGCGCAUGGCUCAGCAGCUCGACGACAGCGAUGAUGACGUGGCCGACGAAAAGGCCGACGCAGAGGAGAAGCCCAAACCGCUUUCGUCGCGUCCACUCAAGUCUAUCAAUGUUUUAUAUCGUGGAUUAGUACGGCACAAGGAAGAAAAGGAGCGUGAUAGGCGUAUGCGAUAUGAUCUUGAGCAGUCAUUGUCGCGUUUGCCCACAUAUGAAGACGAUGCUGAAGACGCCGACUACAAGAAGGCCAUGGGCAAGAACAAAACUACGUAUGUGACAGCCGAAGACCUGGAUGAAGAGGACCCUGAGUUGAACGAAUUCAAUGCGCUGGAACCAGCAGAGAGGCUCUCCAAAUUACUGGCCUAUCUGCGCCAGGAGCACACGUACUGCUUCUGGUGUAAGAUGAAGUAUCCGGAUAAGGUGAUGGAGGGGUGUCCUGGAGUCACAGAGGAGGAUCACGACUAAACGUUUAA